AUGUUGCUGAAAUCCUUUUACGCAUACGGAUUAGUUUGUGGCCUAGUGCCGGCGCCUCUAAAACACGGAAAGUUCCUUCAAGGACGAUCCCAAAAGUGCUACCUCCUUUACACGGCCUGCCUGCAUGGAGUGCUCCUGAUCCUGCUGCCGUGCACAUUUCCGGAGUACAUGUACAGUGAAAGCUACAUGAGCAGCAAUCUGGUGCUUCAAUGGGCCUUCAAUUUAACCAAUAUCACCCGUAUACUGGCCAUGAUUUCGGGAGGUCUAAUGAUGUGGUUCAAAAGAAAGAAGCUUCUCGGAUUAAGUGAAAACUUAUUAAGCCACUGCUUGAAGUGCAGAAAGCUUGAGGAUCAUACUACGAAGUAUAUUACCUUGUGGAAGAGGAUUCGAGGACUACUUGCACAAAUGUUUUUUGUAGUACAUCUCACACUAAUAGUGUCGCUUUUAAUUUUAAUGAAAAUCGGUACAGAUCAAUGUUUCAACAAUACUGCAAUGAUUGUGGUGCAUAUCACCCAGUUUAUAUAUGUGGUGAUUAUGAUGGCGGGUCUGUGUGUUAUCCUUGUAAUCCUUCACUGGCAGAGUGAGCGUGUGCAUAUUGCUCUCAAGGAUCUCUGCUUGCUCCUUAACCACGAAGAGCGCAACUCUUUGGUUUUAUCGGAAAAUAAAGCGAGAAAGUCUCUGAAAAUCCUGCGAAAUCUUUUCCAGCUUUAUGCGGAGAACCAGCGACUGAUCCGUAGAGUUUUUGGAACUUUGGACAUUCCCAUUGCCCUUCUACUGCUAAAAAUGUUUGUAACAAAUGUAAAUUUAGUUUACCAUGGUGUGCAAUUUGGCAGUGCAUCUAUAGAAACCUCUAAUUACACGAAAAUCCUGGGACAAUGGGUUAUAAUUUCCCAUUACUGGAAUGCAAUUCUACUAAUGAAUGUAGUAGAUGAUGUGACCCGAGGAAGUGGCCUUAAAAUGGGAAUCCUCUUGCGGCAAUUUAGUCAUCUGGAACUUGUCAAAAGAGGAUUUCAACUUGAGCUGGAAAUCUUCUCCGAUUAUCUGCGUUGUCAUCCGGUAGCUUAUAAAGUAUGCGGACUUUUCAUUAUUAAUAGACAAACGAGCUUAGUUUAUUUUUUUUAUGUCCUGGUUCAAGUUUUGGUGCUUGUCCAAUUUGAUUUGAAGAAUAAAUGUGAAGACAGACAUUAA